UUUCUCUCUCCUGCUCACGCCGCCGCCGCCGCCGCCCGAAUCCGAGACCCCCAUCUCGGAUUCCACCGCGCCCGCCUCAGCUCCGGCCUCCCGUCACCGUCCGUCUCCUCCCCGACGCAUCAGUCAUGGCGGGAAUGGCACCAGAGGGGUCCCAGUUUGAUGCUAAGCACUAUGAUUCUAAAAUGCAGGAGCUUCUGAACCAAGGUGAAACUGAGGAGUUCUUCACGUCUUAUGAUGAAGUUCAUGAGAGUUUUGAUGACAUGGGUCUCCAAGAGAACCUUCUCAGAGGCAUUUAUGCCUAUGGUUUUGAGAAACCUUCAGCCAUUCAGCAAAGGGGAAUCGUCCCUUUCUGCAAGGGUCUUGAUGUGAUUCAGCAAGCUCAGUCAGGAACUGGAAAGACUGCCACCUUCUGUUCUGGAAUUUUGCAGCAGCUUGACUAUGGUGUGGUUGAGUGCCAAGCCUUGGUCCUUGCUCCUACUCGUGAGCUUGCGCAGCAAAUUGAGAAAGUCAUGCGCGCCCUUGGUGACUACUUGGGUGUGAAGGUUCAUGCAUGUGUUGGAGGAACUUCUGUUCGUGAGGACCAAAGAAUUCUUGCAAGUGGAGUACAUGUUGUUGUUGGGACACCUGGGCGUGUGUUUGACAUGCUGCGCAGGCAGUCUCUCCGUCCUGAUUACAUCAAGAUGUUUGUCCUUGAUGAAGCUGAUGAAAUGCUUUCUCGUGGUUUCAAGGAUCAGAUUUAUGAUAUCUUCCAGCUUCUCCCCUCAAAGAUCCAAGUUGGUGUGUUCUCUGCUACAAUGCCCCCAGAGGCCCUUGAGAUCACCCGUAAAUUCAUGAACAAGCCUGUGCGGAUCCUUGUGAAGAGGGACGAGCUCACUCUUGAGGGUAUCAAACAGUUCUAUGUCAAUGUGGAAAAGGAAGAAUGGAAGCUCGACACACUCUGUGACCUGUACGAGACACUGGCCAUCACCCAGAGUGUCAUCUUUGUGAACACCCGCCGCAAGGUGGACUGGCUUACUGACAAGAUGAGGGGCAGGGACCACACCGUUUCUGCUACUCAUGGUGACAUGGACCAGAACACUAGGGACAUCAUCAUGAGGGAAUUCCGAUCCGGUUCUUCCCGUGUGCUCAUUACCACUGACCUUCUUGCCCGUGGUAUUGAUGUCCAGCAGGUUUCCCUUGUCAUCAACUACGAUCUGCCGACCCAACCGGAGAACUACCUUCAUCGCAUCGGUCGUAGUGGUCGUUUUGGUAGGAAGGGUGUUGCCAUUAACUUUGUUACCCGUGAUGAUGAGAGGAUGCUGUUCGACAUCCAGAGGUUCUACAAUGUGGUGAUUGAGGAGCUGCCGGCCAAUGUCGCUGACCUUCUGUAAUCAAGUUCAGAUCAGAAGAGUUAUGGUAAGGAUUGAUUUUGCUGAAAUGUCACCAAAUCUGGGGAGGAGUGAUAAAGGUGGUGGGGGGGUUCUGUUUUAAAGUCUGGUCGUAGACAAUUUCCAAAUUUUUAUGCCAUGUUAUGGGAAUUUUUGUAGUUGCUAGGGUGGCUGUGCUAUGUGCUGGUGAGGAGGGUGGCGCUACUGGAGUCUUUUACUUUUAAUUAUAUCUAUUGUUAAAAACUAUGUAUGACCGAAUGAUGUUUAUUUAUUUGUGUCAUGGUUGACUAUUUACCGUA